GCACCACCACCACCAUGGCUGGUUACAAUCGGCGGGCCAGACGCCGCAGGAGCCGGAGCAGGAGCCGGAGCCACAGGCGCCUGCGCAAGACGCGGCGCACCGGCCACAGCCGCUCCCGCCGCCGCAGCACGCGGCGGAGGCGCCGGGUUGCGAGACGCCGCCACUCGGCUGUCAAGCGCCGGUCCUUCAGGAGACACAGGCACCAUGAAGAGGAGGAGGAGCCGGACGCCUUGGAUGACUUGGGACCGUUUAGUGAGCCGGUAGAUGACUUCGAGAUGUAGAGCCAGAGCCCCUGAGAAGACCAGCUGCCACACGGGCCUGGCUGCAACAAUAAAGCAUAGCAAGCUUUCAUGA